AGCAACGGUGCCUCAGCAACAGAGCUCCACGGCAACAGCGUGCCGUGUCUCCCUAAUGGAGCUGCCGUUGGGCGGACCAGCGCUCAGGCACUACACCCAGAGCAGACCGAGACCUCACCGACAAAAACUGAACUAUCGUCCCAGCAGACCACAGGAGACAAUAAUUGAGAGUGACAAUGAAGUCCUUGAGCUCAUGGGGAGAGUGGAUGAAGGAGUUGAAGAGUUCUUUACCAAGAGAGUACUUCCUACUGAUACACCGGAAAAGCAAGAUGAGGAAUCCAUCACAGUGCACGAAGUGGCCCCUGCCAGCUCUGUCCCCUGUCCACCCCCGACGAAAACACUCAGGAGGAAACUCGGCGAUUUCUUUACACUCAAAAAGAGACGAGGUCUGAAAUCAGAACCAAGCCAGGAGGGCCGACCCAAAAAGACCUCCAUCGCUGAUCUCAUUCGCCCGCUCAGGGAGGUCACCAGAGCUGAGAAAGAAAAGGAUAAGGACCGAGUCAAGGAACACGGCAAGGAAAAUGAAAAGGAGAAAGCGAAAGAACCUCCCAGUGCUGUUACUGGAGAGCCGGCUGUUCAGGAGACACCUGGUGCUCAGCUGAGGGGGGAAGUGGUGCCUCCCCGUCGAGCUCUCAGAGAGGGGAAGUCCCAGUCUCUCAUUUUGCUGUCUGGAUCAGCAGCAGCAGGGACUACUAAUGCCAGAAACACUUCAAAGAAACAGUUGGAAGGCCAACAUAGCUUUGAACAGAAACUCCAUCUCAUGCUUCAACGUAUUGGAGUUUCCAAAGCCCAGCCAGGAGAGGCACAGAAUCAGGAGGGAGAGAUGAAAAAAGCAGAGUCUGAAGGUACUAUCAUUGACAGCAAACCUGAGCCACCACCUACUUUUACAAAACCUCGGACGAUGUCUGCAUCAUCAGAUACAAGGCAUCAAAUUCGCCCAAGUGUGUCAGCACACGAGUCAGCUGGGAAACCCGCUUUGCUUCCAAAGCCCGUUAUCAAACCAGGUCCACCCCGCUCAACAUCUGGCCGCAACACACCUGAGAAUGAAUUAGCCCAAAUACAGGAAGGGGAGUCCAACACACCCACUAAAAUAAGUCCAGCUCCAGCUCCGUCUACCCCUGCUGCUCCUGCACUCACUGCUACACCACUUCUACUGUACCGACAAUCUCAAACUUAGUCCCUGACUCAACCAGUUUACAAGUCCUGUACCUCCCUCUGACACAGAUAUAUGCACCGACUCUGUUAACCCCAUUGCAGCAGCUACAACACCCACCAGUGUUACAGAGCCCAACAGCGGACCUUCUGUCAUUGAAGCUAACGCUACUACCCCUGAACUACCCACCUCCACCUUUCAGACAACCCUUACAAGCAGUACUACACCCACCGAGGCCCCCGCCACUGUUUCAGUUACUUCCGCUUCCUCUGAGUCCAUCACUCCAAGCCUCUCUGUCACUUCCAACUCCACAACAAUAACUACACUUUCCAUUACCACCUCGGAAAUGGUUUCUGCUCCCCAGCAAUGAAAGCUCAGUUUCCACAACAUCAACCGAUCUGUUUAACUAAUCGACUUCUUUCCCAGAGCCAAAUGGUGUUCUCUCGGUCGAUGCUAUUCCUGCUGUUGGUGGUAAUGUAGCUAUUUCUGUCAUCACCACUACUUCUUCACCAUCCACCAGCAUACCAGAGAUGCCCCCAGGCGUGUCUGCCACCAUCAAUUCAGUUACUGAAGAAGCUUCAGUCACCUCCACGAGCUUCGUAACUUUAGUUUCAUCAGUCACUAAAACAACAUCUCCACCUAACUCAAGUUAUAACAUUACAACUGCAGUUUCACCUGUCACCUCCAUUACCUCCUCCUCCCUGAUCUCUUCCGCCCUUCCUCCCACCAUCUCUACCUCCUCAACCUCUGUUACAAGCCCAACAUCCACCGACUGCAUGAACUCCAUCUCUACUUCCACCAUGACUCCCCCAGCCACUCCUAGCCAUGCUGAAAUCUCUGUUCCCUCCACUUCUUCCAGUGAAACAAACCCCACAGACACCACCUCCACCGCCACCAGUUUAAACAUUGCGGAUAUCACUUCCACUACCAGUUCAGCUACCGCUGCUGCAAUUUGCUCCCCACUCAUGACUGACUCAGACCCACCUUACACUUACGACGUCAGCACUACACCAACUACUGAUAACUCAAGUGCUACUACUCAACAUUUGACCAGUCCAGCCCCUCUAGUGAUAAACCCGGUCAAGAUUUGCAGACAUCUCCUGAAGAAGGAUCCAGUGUAGAGCCUACAAAAAAACGGCACAGCAAAUGAGAAGCUUGAGAUGGUCAAAGGAGCGAGAAAACUGAGAUGGAUGAGAACAAGAAAGUCGUUGACGGUGGGAAGGAGAGGUAAGAAAGAAAACAAGAAACCAGUUCUCACUUCCAACAGUAACGUUAUGAUGAAAGAAGUGCAGGAAGAAAGUGUGAAGCCUGAAGAAGACACAAUGAAAUCAGAAGUGGGAAUGGCUGAACUUGCAUCGGGGAAAGAUGAUGAGCUGUGCAGGAACAAAGGGGAGAUAGAAGGGUCAAAACAAGAAGAGGGUGAGGAGUAACUGGAAAAUAAAGAAAUUGCUUAACACGGGACCAACUACUGUGACAGGGGCAGGAGAGGCAACAGUAAAGGGUAACGGGGGAGGGCGAGACGAUCCAUGGCACUUCCAAUAGGGGCCACCACAUUACAGCAGCACACCACAAAGGGUGAGCCACUGGACCAAAGAACUGAGAUCCCCUUGGUGUGAUGUAAUCAACAAAUCCAGCAGUGUCUUUGUCCUUUUUUAACUUAUGUUUGAAUUUUUUGCAUUGCACGUAUGAUUAUGUACCAUAAGACAACUACUGUGGUAAAAUACACCAUGUUUACAAUUGAUGGAUAAGAGACAUAGUUAUGAAUAUUAAAUGGGAUAUUAAAUUAACUGAGUUGC